CCCUCACACCCACUCUCUUCUACCACUCUCUUUCGCCAGCUCACAAGCCAAACCCCAGCAACCCCAGCAGCCCGCGCAGCCUCUCUUCUUUGCUCUUCUCUGGUUUACAGUAGGAGAAACGAUAAAGAAGAUGGCUCUCACUGCUUUCGCUGCUCUGGCCUUCGGCAUGCUCAGCGCCGCCAACGCGUUGGAGGUGGUCUCGCCUGGUGGGGGGAUCUCGGUGAUCGCUGACAGGGUAUACACCGUUGAGUGGACCGGAACCACCACCGGACGCUUCGAGAUCGAUCUCUACUACUGCAACUCCUUCUGUAUGGAGGACGUGUGCGGUGACUGGGUUACUGCCCUUUGCCCGUACGGUGCGGAUGGUUGCCCCGACAGUGCAGGUGACUACGACAUCAUCAUGCCCGAGCCUAUGAGUGGUACCUCAAGCGGCUACAAGGUCAUGGUGAAGAAUGCCGAGGACGAGUCCGACAUGGGCUGCUCCGACGACUUCACCCUGAUCGCCUCUGAGGAUGCACCCGAGGCCGGCGAGUUGGGAUACAGUCUCACCGUCACUUCUCCCUCGGACGGCGACACCGCGAUAGCCGGCGAAGUGUACACCGUUGAGUGGGACUACGACAACGGUUUCGGCUCCUCCACGGACCGUUUCGCGCUCGACCUUUAUUUGGUUGGCGGCACUGGCGACUGCGGAACCUACGUGACUACCCUCUGCGACAAGCCCAGCAUCGGCUGCCCCGACUCGCAGGGUGACUACGACGUGGAGAUCCCGUCUGACACCCCUGCCGGUAUGUACUCGAUCCGAGUCGGCGUCUUCGACGACGAAACGAUUUACGACUGCUCCGACACUUUCGGAGUCGAGACCAGCGACGACACGAACAUGUCGAUGCGCCUCUAGGCGUUACCCGCUAGGUAUUCUUCGAAGUUAGCGGGAAAAGAUUACUUGUGUUUUCGUCUGUAUUUGGUGAAAAGAGUUGAGGUUGUUGGGUGAGCAAGUUUCAUUCUUGUGUAUCUUGCGCAGAAUCGAUUGUUUUGGGGGUCGUCAGGUUGACUGAUCGAUCGGGUUCGGGACAGAGUGGAUCGUGCAGUGUCGAAGACCUAACGGACACUCGAUCUUGCGUGCAAACGCGAGACACGAAUGGAUGAGAGGGGUCAGGCCGGGUUAGGGGAAAAUCCAGACGAAAACAAAUGGGUUAUUUUAUUGUAUAUGUCUAUUUCGAACCGUCUAGCGUUGCUUUUGGCUUCCCUCGUUGGUUCAUUAUGUCCACGUAGUUUCUUCUGGCGCUGAUGCCCCUUCCCACAGCCUCCCGUCCUUUGAUUCUCUUGCAUGUUUUCUUGGUUUGUGUUGCGGACGUGUCGAUGCUAAGGAAAGAUUUCAUCUAGACCUGGGGCACAAGCGUGUGGUGACGGCAAGGGGACGGGGGCCGAUCCAUGUGCACCGAAUCGUUGUCUUCGCCUGGUUUUGUCUUUUGGGACGAGAACGAAGAGUUGUGCUGAAGAGAAACGAUUUUGACAUAUAUUGAAAGAU